CAACAAGCCGACACCUCUAUCCACGAGUACAAAAAUGGCAACUGACACUAGUCUAUCUAGUACCAUCAGCAACUGCCACAUGCAGUAACAAACACACACUGGUGGAGCUCGAGCUCACUCUCGGUCGAGAUCGAGUGGCUCGAGCUAGAUUUUCCGGGCUGUUUGGUCGCCGCCAUGGCGACGCUCUCGCCGCCGCCGGUGCUCGUCGUCUUCCUCCUCGGCGUCCUGCUGCUGGCCACGGCGACCACCACGGAAUGCCACCGUCACGGUCACGGCAGGCGCCACCGCCAUGAAUCAAAGGCCGGCGCCGCGGCGAAGGCUACGCCGGCGGGUGCGGUGGACGUCGAUGCCAUCUGCCGCACCACCCCGCACCCGGACUCCUGCCUCGCGUCGACCGCCGCGCACCUCGACGCCGUCUCCACCGCUUCGGCGGCGUCGGCGUCGGCGUCGGCCAUCUCGGUGCAGCUGCUCCCGCCGAACAUCCUGUCCGUCGCGCUCGCGUCGCUCCGGGGCGCGGUCUCCGCCGUGUCGUCGCUCUCCCCCGUGCUCUCCUCCGCGCUCUCGGCACCGCCGCCGUCCUUGCCGUCGGGCGCGUCGCCGCUCCGCCGCGGCGCGGCGCAGGACUGCCUGGAGCUCCACUCGGCGACGCUCGCCUCCCUCUCGCUGUCCGCCUCGCUGCUCGCGUCACCCGGCGAGGGCCUCCCCGCCGUGCGCGCCCACCUCGCGGCGGCGCUCACCAACAAGGCCACGUGCCUCGACGGGCUCGCCGGCGCGUCCGGCCCGGAGAUGGACGGCCUCCAAGCCUCCCUCGACGACGCCUACGCCCACGUCACCAACUCGCUCUCCCUCGUCGCGAGCCGCGGCGACAGCGGCCCCGGCGGAUCGGCGGCGAGCUUCGCGGCCGCCGUGGCCAAGAUCAUCCACCACAACCGCCGCCUGCUCGACGACGACGCCGACUACAGCGACAACGGCGGGGACGACGACAACAACUCCGGCGACGACAGCACGGUGGUGAUCACGGUGGCGAAGGACGGGAGCGGCAACUACCGCACGGUGGGGGAGGCGGUGGCGGCGGCGCCGAACAACAGCGCGGCGAGGACGGUGAUCCGCGUGAAGGCCGGCACGUACGAGGAGAACGUGGAGGUCCCCCCUUACAAGACGAACAUCGCCCUCAUCGGCGACGGCCGCGACACCACCGUCAUCACCGGCAGCCGCAGCGCCGCCGACGGCUGGACCACCUUCCGCUCCGCCACCUUCGGGGUGUCGGGCGAGGGAUUCAUGGCGAGGGACGUGACGUUCCGGAACACGGCCGGGGCGGCGAAGGGGCAGGCGGUGGCGCUGCGGGUGAGCGCCGACAUGGCGGCGGCGUACCGGUGCGGCGUCGACGGGCACCAGGACGCGCUGUACGCGCACUCGUUCCGGCAGUUCUACCGCGAGUGCGCGCUCUCCGGCACCGUCGACCUCGUGUUCGGCAACGCCGCGGCGGUGCUCCAGGCGUGCGCGCUCGUCGCCAGGAACCCCGUCGCCGGCCAGUCCAACGUGCUGACGGCGCAGGCGAGGGGGGACCCCAACGAGGACACCGGCUUCUCCGUGCACAACUGCACGGUGUCCGCCUCGCCGGAGCUGGUCGCCGGCACGCGCACCUUCCUCGGCCGGCCAUGGCGCCCCUACGCGCGCGCCGUCGUCAUGGACUCCUACCUCGGCCCGCUCGUCGACCGGGCCGGGUGGGUCGACUGGCCCGGCGCCGAGCCCGGCCGUGCCGACACGGUGUACUUCGGCGAGUACGGCAACGGCGGCCCGGGCGCCGCCACGGACGGCCGCGUCGGGUGGACCGGAUUCCACGACAUGGGCUACGACGAGGCGGCCCAGUUCUCCGUCGACAACCUCAUCUCCGGCGACGAGUGGCUCGCCGCCACCUCCUUCCCCUACGACGACGACGUCUGACCACACGUACUCCAUCCAUCUCACCGGAGAAAAUCCAUUGUUCAACCCGACCCAUGCAUUGUUGUACUCUACACCUGUGUUAAUUAAUUACCACGAGUAAAUCUCAACAAUGCUGCGGUUAGUUUAAUCACCAUGUUACCAGACUCCAGAGUAAUCUUUGCACUGUACACUGCAGAUUUCCUCUUUUUUGUUUACAACACACACAAAAAAGAGAGUGCCUUUAUGGUACUCUCUACUACUAGUAAAAAUAAUUCUGAUUUGAUUUAUUUUUAUCAGAUGAUUUAGAUCUA